AUGGCUCUAAUCCUACUGCGUCUUGUCGUUCUAACUAUUUUCCUACGUUUCAUAGCUGCACGGCAGAAAACGGGUGUUGUAUCUGUUGGUUCAUCACUCACCGCCACAGCCGAUGUCAAACCAUGGCUUUCAUCUUUCGGUGAAUUUGCCUAUUGGUUCCAUCAAGUUCAAGGGAGCGAUAAUUUCUUAUUAUCCAUAUGGUAUGACAAGAUACCUGACAAGACGAUCAUUUGGUAUCCAAAAGAAGGUCAAAUGAUGCCUAGAGGAUCCAAAGUUGAGCUACUUCGUGAAAGUGGACUCGUACUCACUGAUCCUCAUGGUACACAGGUAUGGAGAUCUGGGUCCAUUUCCGCUGUUGCAUCAGGUUGUAUGAAUGAUACAGGUAAGUUCGUAAUUUUUGGUAGCAAUUCUCGCAAGAUAUGGGAUAGUUUUGAUUAUCCGGCAGACACACUGUUGCCUAGUUAG